AGCCUUUCAUCGGUGAGAAGACAAAAAACAAAAACAAACAUAACAUUAACUUUCUGACUUUUAGAAGCUGAGGACUACAACAAACAUGUUGCGGGCAGAAGCUGGAUGUGUGUUUAUGGGUUUUAUCCUGUAUAUCUCAGGGGUUCAGGGACGAGUAAACAGAACCUGUGCCUUACGAGGCUCAUCGGUGGCUCUGAACUGCUCAGCCAAACGUCCCACUUCAAGCAUGAAAUGGUACACUGUACGCCGGAAUGGCUCCAAGCAUGUUCAGAAAGAGCUCUCUGCAGGUGGAAAGCGUGUGAUAUACAACAUGUCUGAAGACGGUAACUUCACUCUGACAAUCAAGAAUCUGAGAGAGAGCGAUGAAAAUGUUUACUGCUGCCAAGAGAAUACAAACACACCAGAAAACUGCUGGUCCAAAGGAACUAAGCUCCAAGUUGCAGACCUGCAGGUAAAGGUGAUUCCCACCACAGAGGGACAGAAAGUCACACUCAUGUGUAGCACCAGCUGUCCUCUGACUGAAAACCCUGAAGCCUACAUCUGGUACAAGAACAGAGAGUUUCUCUAUAAUAACUGGUCUCCCUGGUACCAAGAGCUGGUCAGCAGUGAGGAAGACGUCAAAUACUCCUGCGCUAUCAAAGGCUACGAGGAUCUCAGAGCCCCUGAAGUCUCAGUGGAUUCUGUCACAGCGACCUGCUUUACUGUGACCUACGCUAAAGGGAGAAUGUGUUCUUCUAACAAGACAUCAGUGAAAGAGCCCUGCUCCAUCACAUAUCCCAGAGAAGUGCAAGUUCAAAAGAUGCCUGCAGCACAGGGUGAAGAAACACUGACCUGUAACACCAGCUGUCCUCUGACUGAUUCUCAAUCCGCCUAUAGAUGGUACAAGAACAGACAAGAGACGGAGCUAAAGUCUCCAGUUAGCAGCUCCUCUCCUGACAGCUUCUCCUGUGCUGUAAAAGGCCACGAGGAUUUGCUCUCUGAGGAAGUCUGUAUUGAGGAGAAGCCCUGCUGCACAGUGAAAUAUAUCAACAGGAGGAUCUGUGUUCUUCAAAGUUCUUCAGUGAACAUUUCAAGUGAAUACUCAUGUUCUGACAAUAAGCAGCCAGGGUCUCAAGUUUGGUAUAAGAGAACGAGAAGUGCUAAGAAGGCUGCUGAACUGCUGCUGAUGGCCGCUGAACCGAAAAAGUCUUCAAAUCGAGUGUUUUACAAUGAGAAGAACCAUCACAUCCUGACAAUCAACAAGCUGAAGAAGAAUGACUCAGCAGAAUACAUAUUCAGUCUCCAAACAAAGGACGAAGUAGAGAAACAGUCUGAAUUUCAUGGAGUGACUUUGGUUGUCACGAAUCUGAAACUGAAGAUAAGUCCUGCAGAGGUGACAAAGGGCCAGAGAGUCACACUGACCUGCAUCACCAGCUGUCCUCUGACUAACAACACAAUCUACAUUUGGCAGUUGAACAAUCAGACUCUGCCAGGGAACCACAGCAAAUACCUGGUUCUAGACCCAGUCAGACAUCAGGAUCAAGGAAACUACUCCUGUGCUGUUAACAAUACUCAAAUUAGAUCUGGUGGAAAAAUCCUCACUGUAGUGAACAGUCAGUUCAACAGUACUGAAAGAAGCUGGACACCAGUAAUCACAGGAGUUGUUGCUGUUCUCCUGGUUAUAAUACCCAUCACUGCCUUCCUGUGGAUUAGAAGAAAGAGGACUUCCAGCCAGUCUCAUAGAACUGUAACCUCAGACAACAUGGAGCAGCUAAGCCCUGGUCCUUUGUAUGACGACAUCUCAGCUCAACCAACAGAACAGGACGACCUUCACUACAGCAGUGUCUGCUUUUCUAAGGAUCACACAGAGCCUACCUACUCCGUGGUCCAGCCACGUCAGACCAAAGAACAAGAACACACCCCCUAUGCUGUUGUCAACUUUAGACCCAGAACAGCCCCUGAGUAAGCACAUCCUAUUAUUACAGUCAUUGAGUCAUAAUUAUCAUUCAAAAAAGACUUCCUACACUCAUGUUGACUGAAUAUGCCACUGCCUUGAUUUCCAUGACACUUAACAGGUUACCUAAGAUUCUGAAAGCAGUUUAAGAUCGAGAGCCUCAUAGUGAAAUUACCUUCCUAAUCCAUUCUGUCCUGAUGGGCAGUCAGUGGUCCUCUAAAAAUUUCUACAACACAUAAUACAGCAACUUAAAUGAAUGUAAAAACACACCUGUCUCUGAGGUGUAAAGAACUUGAAAACUCUUCAUCUCGUCUGCACUGCACUUACAUGUAAGAACUGCAGCCUAUCUACAGCAGCUUACUGUAAAUGAGUCAUUUUGUUUGACACUUGACAAAAAAAGUGGUGCUAAACUCCUUUGUUGUUAAGCAAGAAAUGCAGAACAACUUGUUUUGCGAAGUUUUGUUUUGUCGUUAAGAGCCAGCAGUUAGUAACACAACAACGACUGAAGAAGGCCUGAAUUUGUUACUGGUGAUGUUAGGGUUCUAUAUAUUGUUUUUGAUUCUAGACGUUCUACAUUUUUAUGAGCACAAAACCAUGAUAUGUGAAAGCCUAGCUUGUUUUUUUAACCAUAAAAUUAGAAGUUCAUUCAUAUGUGUCACAUGUUGUAGUAUUUACAAAAAAACAUUAAUGUCAUCUCUUCUUACUACAACAGAUUUUGUUUUUGCUCAUUUGUUUCUGCAAACACAACAUCAGUGUUGAAAGGUUGUACUUUAACAUCAGUCCCUGCAUUAAAGCACCUGUCAACUAAGUAGAGUAAGUUAUACAAAGCUACACCUGUGUUUUGAUUUUAGCUUGCAGGUGACCCUUUUCUUUACAGAGGGACUAUGGAGAGAACCCUUAAAUAAAGCUGACUCACUUAUC